ACACUUUCUUCACAUCAACCCUUUUUCCUUUCUUCUCAUUCUUCUAGUAGUAAAUUUAGCUUCUUCCCGAAAAUGGUGCUUGCUGGUAAACUUAUGACUGAACUUGGGAUCAAAACACCCGCUGAUAGGUUCUUCAAACUAUUUGCAUCAGAACUUCAUGAAGUGCAAAAACACUGUGAAAGAGUUCAUCAUACCAAACUUCAUGAAGGUGAAGAUUGGCAUCACACUGAUUCGGUUAAACACUGGACUUAUGUCAUAGAUGGUAAGGUACACACAUGUCAUGAGAAGGUUGAAGAAAUUGAUGAAAAAAACAAGAAAGGCACUUACAAGCUCUUUGGUGGAGAUAUUGAUGAGCACUAUAAGGACUUUAAGCUCAUCAUUGAAGUAAUUGAUAAGGGUGAUGGGACUUCUGCAGUUAAAUGGACUGUUGAAUAUGUGAAGAUCAACGAGGAUAUUGACCCUCCAAAUGGCUGGAUGGAUUACUUAUGCAAAUGUACUAGAGAUAUUGAUGCUCAUCUUGUCAAGCAGGCCAAGGUUGCUAUAUAAAUCUUAAAGACAGUAACAAAUACUUCCUCUGAUCACUGUUAUAAGAAAAAUUCACUUUUUAAAUUCAUUCAAUAAAUGAUGUCUGUGGUCUAUAUAUAGAUCAUAUGCAUCAUUUAUUGAAUGAACCUAAUAAGUCAACUUUUGUUUAUAAUAAUGAUCAGAGGGAGUAACUGGUAAUGGCUUAAUCCAUGGGGUUGGCUUAAGUGUUCAUCUUUAUAAAUAAUAAAUGUGAUCAUAUUGUUGCAUAUGAUCAUUAGCUUUUGAUGUUUCGUUUGUAUGUGUGAUCGGUUGAAGUGUGUCUUAAACUAAAUUUAGUAAUGCAAAUCAAUAAAUGAAUAUA